AAAAAAGUACUAUAUUUAUAUUAUUCGUUAAAAUAUAACAAUUUUCAAAUUUUGGCAUAAAUUAAAAAUUACCCAAAUAGCAAAAUUUUCCCCGACGGCAUCGAUUCGCCCAAAUCAAAACCCUAAUUUCCAGUGCUCAGCCAGCCCCAAUGGAAUCAAAGUCUUCAGUUGAUUUUGAUGAGCUCAAACUUCAUGAAGUUAUUUCUAAAGGUCCAUUAGAUUUUCAUGAAUGGACAUCACUUAUUUCGGAGAUUGACAAAAAGUAUCCUGAUGACAUUAAAAAAAUAUGUUUAGUGUAUGACUCCUUCUUGUCCGAGUUCCCCUUGUGCUAUGGAUACUGGAGGAAGUAUGCUGAUCAUAAGACACGAUUAUGCACUGUUGACAAGGUUGUUGAAAUUUUUGAACGAGCUGUCCAGUCAGCAACAUACUCUGUUGGUGUGUGGGUUGAUUAUUGUACAUUCAGCAUGUCAGUUUUUGAGGAUUCAUCUGAUAUCCGUAGAUUGUUUCAGAGAGGUAUCUCUUUUGUUGGAAAAGAUUACAUGUGCCAGACUUUGUGGGACAAAUACAUUGAAUUUGAGCUUUCUCAACAGCAGUGGAGUUCCCUAACACACAUUUACAUCAAAGCUCUACGAUUCCCAACCAAAAAGUUGCGUCAUUAUUAUAAUCGCUUUAAGAAGUUGGUUGCUUUUUGGGAAGAGGAGAUAAAGUGCAAGAGCAUUUCUGCUACUGAAAAAUUACAGAAAGAACCUGUGCUUGAAAGCAAAGAGCCAAUAUGUUUUAAGGAUGAUGAGAUUUCUUGUAUCAUCAAAGACCUGCUAGAUCCAUCCACUGGCUUUGCUAGAUCUAAAGCACUGCAGAAAUAUCUGUCUGUGGGAGAAUGGUUCUAUAAAGAAGCACACAAAUUAGAUGAUCAAAUUCGUCAUUUUGAAGCUAAUAUUCAUAGGUCUUAUUUCCAUGUCAAGCCACUAGAUUCGAGUCAAUUGGAGAAUUGGCAUAACUAUCUGGACUUUGUUGAGAUGCAUGGGGAUUUUGACUGGGCUGUUAAACUUUAUGAGAGAUGCUUGAUUCCAUGUGCUAAUUACCCGGAAUUUUGGAUGCGUUAUGUGGAGUUUAUGGAAUCUAAGGGAGGAAGAGAAAUAGCCAAUAAUGCUUUGGACCGAUCGACACUAAUUUUUCUGAAGAGAGUUCCAGUGGUCCAUCUUUUCAAAUCCAGGUUUAAGGAGCAAAUAGGAGAUGUGUGUGGGGCCCAGGCUGCUUUUCUUCAAUGCGAGGCAGAAUCUGGUCCCAACUUUGUGGAAAAUGUUAAAAUGAAAGCUAACAUGGAAAAACGUAUGGGAAAUCUUGAAGCAGCUUCCAAUGUGUACAAAGAAGCACUAGAAAUGGCUGCCAUGAAGAAAAUGACGCAUACUCUUUCCAUUUUAUAUGUGCAUUUUUCUCGGCUUAAAUAUAUGAGUUCUGGUAGUGCAGAUGCUGCCAUAAAUGUCUUGGUAGAUGGCAUCAAACAUGUGCCUCACUGCAAAUUACUAUUAGAGGAGUUGGUAAAUUUCACAAUGAUGCAUGAAGGCCCAAGGCACAUAAAUGUGGUAGACUGUGUUAUAGCUAAUGCAAUAUCUCCAGGGCCAGGAAUAUCUCAGGGAUUAAAUGGGAAAGAUGCGGAGGAUAUUUCAAACUUAUAUAUAGAGUUUGUUGACCUCUGUGGAACCAUCCAUGACUUGAGGAAGGCAUGGAACCGGCACAUACGAUUAUUUCCAAACUCUCUAAGGACACUCUCUAAGCCUCAUCAGCAAUAUGGAGAUUUGAGUUCUAACCUCUUGAUCCAACUCACUUUACGAGACAAGAAAAUGUCACCUUUAGAAAAGUAUGAUACCCAGUCUGAUCAGGCUCCAACUAACAUAUCAGAACAGAAACUUCCAUCUUUUGAAAAUAAUGAUAAUCAAAUUGAGCGGGUUUCUGUAGACCAGACCCAAUCAAGAGAAGAUGGCAACAGUGUACAGGCAUAUCCAAAAGUUUCUGAGCAGCCCCAAGACAAUACUCUUGAACCGGGUGUGCCUUCUGUAGACAAUAUUCUCGAACCAGGUGUGGCUUCUGUAGACAGUACUCUUGAACCAGGUGUGCCUUCUGUAGACCAGACUCCCGAACCAAGUGUGCCAUCUGUAGAUUUAGUACAAGAACACGUAUCUCCAGAAGUUCCUGAGCAGCUCAGAAGAGAUACUCCUGAUCCAAAUGUGUCAUCUUUAAAUUUGAUACAAGUAAAACAGGUGGCUCCAGAAGGUUCCAAGCAGCCUAGAGAAGAUAUUUCUGAACCAAUGGUGUCAUCUGUUGACAGACUUGGUGAUAUUGCUAAUGAAGCUGAAUCUCUACAAUCUUCAAAAGAAUGCUUGAAAGAACCCGAUGUUCAGCAACAGUAUGACCAUGAGUCUGAACAAGACCUGAAGCCACCUUUGUUGGAGAAUCUCUCCUUGGACACCCAGAAUGAUAGAUCUCCUAAAUCGGUUCCCGCUACAUCUCACACGUGUGAAUCUUCUGAAGAUACCCAAAUGUUGAAUAGAAGCAUGCUACAGAGCAGUUGUAGUGCUAGUCCCAAUGCUUCAUUGUGCAGCCCAUUAGGUACUCAAGCUUCUUCCAGAACUAAAAUUGAAGUGGUUAAUCCCUCAGCUUCAGCAAGCCAUCAAAAUCCUAUUCCAACACAGACAAUUAGGCAGCCACAGUUUACUGCAAAUAGUGGUGGAAAUUGGCGGCAAAGAAAUAAUUCUGAUAGAGUUCGCAGAAAUUUUAAAUUUGGGUCUCGAGGGCAUUCACAACGAAAAAUGCAUCAACAUCGGCAGGAGCCUCCACAAAAGUACCCAAGGGCUGAAAUGGAUGCUCAAAUGCCUUCAAGUCAAUGUUAUUCCAAUCAGUCUUCUCAAAAUGCACAAGUUCAGCAAAGCAGUCAAGGACAAAAUCAGUUUCAAGAAGCAGCUGCUCAUACUAAUUUAACAACUAACAAUGCCUGGCAAGUGCAAAAUGUGCAGCAACAGAGUAUUACCACUGCAUCUGAGUCUCAGCUGCCUGCUCUACCUAUUGUUUCGCAGACUUCUCAGUAUGUAAUACAAAGUGAUGGGCAGUAUGGGCCUGUUCAGAAUAAUCAUAUGUGGCAAUAUUAUUACUACCAGCAACAGCAGUUUCUUCUACAACAACAACAACUGCAACUGCAACAGCAGCAGCAACAUCCCCAGCAACAGCAGUAUCAGCAGCAACUGCAACAACAUUACCAUCAACUGCAACAAAAUCCCUUUCAGCAGCAGCAGCAGUUGCAACAGCUUCAGCAACAACAGUUACAAUACAAUCAGCAGCAGCAGCUUUCACUGCAACAACCUUAUCAGCAGCAACAACAGCAACUGCUGUACCCACAACAGCCUCUACAACAUCAAGAGCAGCAGCCAUUGCAACAACAAGAAGAGGUAGAACAGAGAGAACACCAGCAACAGAAUACUCCAUCAGAGAUUCAGACAUAGAAUGUUAAAUCUUACUGACAGGAUGUUACUAGAAGCUGAUUUUGUGACUAAUUACUUGGGAAUUUUUUUUUGGAAGGAUUACUUAUUUACUUCAUUGUGGAUGGUAAUAGGCAAUAAACACUAGAAUUACAGGGCAAUAUCCAGAUUGGAUCCCCUUUGCUUGGCGGGUUGUGGUAGCCAGAUGCAAAGCUAAAAUGGGGAAAAGAAAAAAAUUGUGUGCCAAUGAUAUAGUGUACAGUCAUCAUAAGACUGAAGAUCACUGAAAAUGCAGUUGCCAUUUGAUGUUAUUUUAAGACUAUUAAAUUGCGAGAAAGCAGCAGUUAGCCAAAACACUUCAUUAGACCCAAA